GCGCUACAUAAGAAGAUGCAGGAAGGCGGCGCUAAUGAGAGUCGCUCUGCAGCCCCUGAGGAGAAGAAGAAGAAGAAGAAGAAGCCGAAGAAAAAGAAGGAGGCGGAGGCAGUGACGGUGACGAAGGCGAAGGCGGAGGCAGAGGCACCACCGCCACUACCACCACUACUACCGCCGCCGCCGCCAGUUGCACCCCCACCGCUCGUAGCAGCAGCAGCAGCAGCAGCAGAGGCGGCGCCAGAAGAAGAAGCAGCAGCGACAGCGGCAGCAGCAGCAGCAGAAGCGGCGGCGGCGCCAGAGGCAGAGGCGGCGGCAGGGGCAGAAGAGGACAGCGUUAUAAGCGAGCAACCGGAGGCUGCCACCAUGGUGAAGAUCGUCGGGGACUUGACUGAAUUCCGAGCUGAGCUGUCGAAUGCUGGGAGCAAGCUCAUAGUUGUUGACUUCUCUGCCACCUGGUGUGGGCCAUGCAAAAUGAUCAAGCCUUUCUUCCAUAGCAUGGUGGAAAAAUAUCCAGAGGUAGUCUUCAUUGAAAUUGAUGUGGAUGAUGCUCAGGAUGUGGCCUCACACUGUGAUGUGAAGUGCAUGCCAACAUUCCAGUUCUACAAAAAUAAUGAAAAGGUGCAUGAAUUUUCCGGAGCAAAUAAAGAAAAGCUGGAAGAAGCGAUUAAGAAGUAUAUGUAACCAAAGGUUCUUAAUUCACGACCGACUGUUAAAUUAUAGCCUUUUCUACAUAACACACUGAUCAAGUUAGAAUAUGUAUUCAGAUACACACUGACCCUUCAGUCUGUAAAUGAAAAUAAUAAAAAGUAUAUAAAAGGU